AUGAGACUUUUUUUGUCUAGUGAAUAUUAUGGUUAUUCAUAUUCUUCUUUUUUUAAUUUUUGCAGAUCAACAACAUUCUCAUCAUCUUCAUCAGUGGAUAUGGAACCUGGCUUCAAAUUAAUACUUACAGCAAUAACUGAUGCAAAAUCUACAGGUGUUUGUGAAAAUAAUGAAUUCUUUUGUGGACAUAUAUCAGUGGAACCAUCUCAGUUAUCAUAUAUGCACAGAAACAAACGUUUAAUAACCAAUAUACUAAACUCAUCUGAUAAAACAAACUAUUCCACUGAUAUUCAGCCAAUAACUACUAAACACAUUUUACAAAACAUUGUUCAAAAUAAUUUAUCAAAAGUUAAAUCAGUCAAACUAAAACAACGUCGAUCAUCCAAACGUAAAGAUUAUGGUUAUUGUAUUUCAAGAUUACUUCAAUGUGAUAGUAUUGUACAUUGUCAUAAUGCAAGAGAUGAGUUACCUAGUUUACGAAUGAAUCCAUCAGAUUUACCUCAUCAGUUAUUACAUGCAUUAGUUGGUGCUUAUCUUACUCCUGCUGAUUUAAACAAUGUUGGUUGUACAGUAUAUAAAUUAAACAAUGAUCCACUUAUAAACAAUAAUAAUAAAUACACAUUAGUCAAAAGUUUAUCUCCUAGCUCACAAAUGGAAAACAACAGAACAAAUUUACCACCUUUUUUCCCAAUCAGCUCAACAGCUAACACACUGAUAAUUGGAUGUAUUAUACUAGUCUCUUUUGUUGUUAUUGUAUUUGCAUAUUCAUGUUACCAAUAUUGUUAUCGUAAGAAAUUACGAACAAUACAAAUACCCAACAAGUCAAUCGUUUACUGGUCAUCGUUUAAAACAAUGAAAGGAUUAAAUAGUAUUUCACAAGAUCAUGUUAAAUCUAACUUAACAACUCAAGAGCAAAAAACAGACAUGAACAAAGAAUGUUUCACACAAAAUGGAUUAGGAAAAUAUAUGAUAGGUCGUAGUGCAACUGAUGGUACUUUAAGUACGCUUGCUGAAUCCUACCCAGGAUCAAAUAAAAAUGAAAAAUGUACUUCAGAUAUCAAUCAAUCUUCCCUUUAUGUACAAAAUAGACCACUGAUCCCCCAAUCAAUUAGUAGAAACUCACUUCAAUCAAAUGAUUAUAAUUACCAUAGCAACAACAAUAAUAAUAAUAGUACAAAAAGUGUCCAUUUUGAUGUACCUAAUAGUAAUGAUAAUAAUAAUAAUAAUAAUAAUAAUAACAAUAUAUCACAAAAUUCAAACCAGUAUUACAAAGCACCAUGUGUGAAUUCUAUUAAUCCGCAAUGUUUCGGAUCAUAUUGUGAAACGGUUCCUUUCAUCAAUCAACAACAACAAAUUCAAAUAAAUUGGCAAACUAAUUCUCAACAGUUAAUAUGCUACCCAAUAAUGAAUAAAAGCCAAAUGUUUACUAAUUGUUCACAAACACUAUUUCAUACAAGUCUAUACUCAAAUAUUAAUAAUUCCCAAACACAAAUGUUAAAUGCCGAUAUUGUACCAUAUAAUAAUUUAUGGAGAUCUGCAUCAUUCGGCAACGAAACCGAGCUAUUACAGCCAAUUAAUAAUGAGUUCCAAACAAAUAUACCACAUUCUAUAACUACAACGUUCUUACCAUUACAUCAGCAUCCAUUACAUUAUCAUCAUCAAUAUUCUACCACAACAGCACCGCCACCGCCACCACCUUAUCCAAAGGAUCAUAGACUGAUUAACUCAUGUACUGCAUCAAAACAAAUAAAAUAUCACCUGGGAGAGUUGGGAAAAUCAGACGAAUAUGUUGUAAGAUCUCCUUCAAAGUUAUUACUGAAGAAAACUGUAGGAAAAGAGCAAAAUACUAAGAUAAUCACUAAUUUCAAUAAGAAAACUGGAACAAAGCGUGGUGAUAACCGGAAGCUUUAUAGAAGAAAACAUAAAGAGCAUCUAGGUAUGGUCAACAACCAUCUCACUCUAGAUCACUAUACCAAAAAUGACAGGAACAGACAUUAUAUUCUUAGUGUAUAUUCUGAUGGUAGUGUAUCAGAAUCAAGCGGUAUGUAUACGGUCAAACACUGUGGGUACCGCAACAAGAAACAUUCAAAACAUUUUGAUAGUAAGGCACAAAUUAUUGACUCUGAUUCUCCUGCUACAACUGAUGUAAGUAUUACUCAUACUAGCAAACGUUCGAGGAAAUGUUUCAACGAACAUUUUAUGCACACAGAACAUAUUCAACGAGUUAGCCAUUCACAUAAACAUAAAACAUGUCAUUUUCAUUCAAAAACACGACCGGAAAAACACACAGAUUUAUUAAACAACAAAAUUCAGUCAUUAAGUGGCAGUCUGUGUAGCACAGCUAAUAACGAUACUAAGUGUGAUAAACGUGUCAGAGAUUUUGAAAAGAAAUUUGAUGCUAAAAUUUGUACUGUAUCAUCAUUGAAUGAAAGAUAUACGAUAUCUCAUAGUGAAUCCAAUCCACUGAAUUUAUCUUUCCUAGCAAGAGAGAAUACAACCAAUAAUAUGAAUCGUUCAUUUUCUUCAUCUGAUAUACCUUAUACGAGACAUGGAGAAUACAUUUAAAUGAUCUCAAUCAGCGGAACAUCCUACAGUAGUAUUCAUCUUUACAUCGAGUAAAUACGCUUAUUCUCAAGAAAUAAAAGGGUACACAUUCGGAAUAUUAACAUGAAAUGUGUACAUAUUUUCUCUUAAAUAAUAUUACAUAUAUAAAUAAACAAAUGAAAUUACUUUAAGACACCGUGAGCUGCUGUACAGUACUUUCAUUAGUCAAUCAAAAGAAAAG